AUGUGGUUACCUAAACGUAUUCAUGAAGUUGUCAUUGAGCACAUGCAUUGUAUACAGUGUGGCUACCUCUGCAAGUUGAACAUCACAGACAUCUGCGAGUUGAACAUCUGUACAGCCAUGCCGAAGGCCUCUAAAAUAUGUUUCGAAGGUCGAACGCGACGAAGCUUCAAUGAAUUAGAGAAGCAGUUCCUAAUGAAUCUUGUGCAAAAGGAAAAGAGUAUUCUGGACUUGAAAGAAAAUACGAACAAAGUUACAAGCAGAAAAAACCAGGCGUGGGAUAGGAUUGUCAAAAAGUUCAAUGAGCAGCCAUCAAUAAAGAAAGGGGAAACAGAGUGCAGUGCCACACAGCUGAAGAAGGUCCUUGAGAACUUGAAAGCGAAGGCUAAAAAAGACGUCGCCCAGGAGAAGAAAACUCGCCACCAGACAGGAGGGGGGCCCGUGGAGAAAGACACUGUCGCCGAUGAUCUGUCGCAUAUGGUUGCAUCAUAUUGUAGUGAAGUGCUGAAACCAUUGGAUAACAGCUUUGACAAUGACACCGACUAUCAUAAUGUACCAGAAACAAUAAAGAAGCAUACAGCUGCUGGAAAACCGCCGACCAACGAGUCUGAUGCAGAGAAUCCAUCAGCCAGGAGUGAAGAUGAAGUAAGCAAGCCCACUACAUCGAUGAUCAGUACACUUAGUACACCUGCUACAUCCUCCAAACAGCAAACCAAAGUGGCUCCCAAAGCCCUGCCCACGGCCCUGCUAUGA